CAACAGCUCGCUCGGCUGUCCUGCGCCAGCAGCGGUGUGUCACCGAGGUUGGGCUGCUGCCGGAGAGACCCGGAGUCAGGGCAAACCUCAACCCAGUUAAUCCGACCUGGCAUCGCGGCGGGGCUGAGGGGCUGCCCCUGCGAGUUUUAAACCUGAACACCGUUUAGGUUGGACCCUGCGCCCGUUCCUCCUGAUGUCGGACUUCAAGCUCGGGAUCGUGCGGCUCGGCCGUGUGGCCGGGAAGACAAAAUACACACUGAUUGAUGAGCAGGACAUACCACUGGUGGAAAACUACGCCUUUGAGGCACGCAUGGAGGUAGAUGCAGAUGGAAAUGGAGCUAAGAUCUUUGCUUAUGCUUUCGACAUCGGUAAAGGCCGCUGGGCAGGACGGCCACUACACGAGCUUCUCUGGGAGAAGCACAGAGGAGGCAUCGCCCCCAGUUUUCAAGUCAUCCACAUUAACUCUGUAACCGUGGACAACAGGCUAGACAACCUGCGACUGGUGCCUGUGGGCUGGAGCCCCAAACCAGAGGAGAUUUCCAGCAAGCAGAGAGAGCAGUCUCUGUACUGGCUGGCCAUCCAGCAAGUACCUGCUGACCCUGUGGAGGAGCAGUAUCUGGAGCUGAGCCGCACACGCUACUACAACGCUAACGGGGAGCUGGUGGAGGAAGAGGAGUGCUCCUGCACAUACUACGAGUGUCAUUAUCCUCCUUGUUCACUCAUCGAGAGGAGGCUCCGGGAGUUCAACAUCUGCGGCCGCUGCCAGGUGGCGCGCUACUGCGGCUCCCAGUGUCAGCAGAGGGACUGGCCCGCUCACAAGAAGCAGUGUCGCGAGCGCAAGCGGGUGCUGGCCCUGGAGUCGGAGCCCGAGCGAUGAUCUGCCCUCAUCCUCGCCUGGGAGAGAGCAGAGGAGAGGAGAAUGGGGAAGGAGCAGGGUUAGACUUGUGGGAGGGGAGCAGGGAUGAAGUGCGACAUGGGGGAAAACACUGACAAGAGACUAACGACUGAGGACAAUGUUGGUUACUUGAUGGAUUCUGGGGGUAAAUAGAUGGAGGAUUAGGAGUCAAAAAGACAUCUGCCACUUCCCAGAACUGGUAUUUCUCCAUAGCUUGCUUUCACGUGGAUGACGGGGAAAGUUGUGUUUUUUGUUUUUGUUUUUUUUCUCGAGGAGGGAGACCCUCGAGCUCUACUUGCUGCUAUGGUUUUGUAUGUGAGGGGGAAAAGUUGUCUUGUUAAUGAACUGGACAAGCUUCUUUGGACCACAAUACAAACAGUCGUCGUCAUCCACUUUCUUUCCUCCCCCCAGCCUGCUGGCUGCGGUAACGUCUGUGCAACAGUUGGGGGGGUGGGGAGGGAGACCCCAGGGGCUGCAGUACCUGUCGUUCAGCUGGUACAAUGGGACAUGGACCUUUUCACUGUAUCGCUCCCUUUCUGACCUCUCUGCUGCACACGGCUGCUGUCUUCAUGGCCAUCAACACCUUAGCCACCUGUCUGUCUGUCUGUCUGUCGUACCCCCACUAACCCCGCCCCUCACCCCCACACAGCCAACCGCAACACACAUCGGAUUUCACUGAGUGAAUCACGCUACCAGUAUUGAGUGUGUGCGUGUGCGUGUGCGUAUGCUUUAUGCGUGUGUGUGUGUGAUACCAACAUGUACUGAAGGACUUUGACAUGGUCAACAGGGCCGGGUUAUUGUACGUCUUUUCUCUUCCUAAAGGGGCCAUAUGACACCGUUUUAAAUGUUCUACAGAAAUCGUUCCGUUUAAUAUUUUCACAGUUCGAUAAUUAAGUAGCUGCCAAAUUAAGGACUGUAUUUUCUUUCUUUUUUUUUUAGAAGGCUUUGUGACACCUUGAUCAUUUCCUUUUCUAUACAUUUGUUCACGACUAGGUACAACGUUUUAAUGACCUGAAGUAACUGGAUUUAUUACAUUUAAAAAAAACAAAGUGACUUUUCAAAAUUCAAAGGCCUUUUCUGGUGUGAUCUGUACGGAAACAGGCGACUUUCUCACAAACCAUCCUUUCUCACCAUCCAUCAGAAACAAUUGAUCAAAAUGACAAUUCCAUGUUUCUACCAAAGUCUACUAUGACCUGCAGUUUGGCACUCCACUAUCAACUGUUUUCCAUCCCUCCAGUCCGUCUCUACUUUGCUAGUUUUUAACAGACGCCUCUCUUUUCAACUGUAUUUGCACCUGCAGGGUUAUGAUACGUGUGUGUUGGGGCAGGGUUGUGCUCAGUCGUCUGUGUGAGAGUUUGCUCUAAGGGUUAUUUUUUUUUUGGAAAAAAUUCUAUCAAUGGAGCUAUAUUUAUUUAAAACCUUUUGAUUGUGAAAACUGUCUGUUUUUUUUUUUUGUCCUGGUGAUAUUUGAAGGCAAGCGUUAUAAAGGUGGACAAUGUGGGACAUCUUUUUAUGUCCCUUCUUAUCGGGCAGGGUCGAGGAAUGAACACUUAAAACCCGUCACUCGAUUGCCCUUAUUUCUUUUCUUUCUUUCGAUCCUGAAUGCACGAGUGAGUCCUACUCUGUGUUGCCCUUCCAGAUUUUCCAUGAAAACACUGCACACCAUCUUUGUCACUUAAAGAUAUCUUCCAUGUGAGAGACGUCUGGGAGUGUAAAACUUGAAUUCCCCCCCUUUACACACCUUUUUUUUUUUGGUCCAUUUUAUUUUGGAGAAUGGUUUUAUGAACUGAACCAUUUCCUGCGAGAUUUUUUUUUUUUUUCUUUGUCGUGCUUCUCCUAAAUCGCCUGCCUUCCUUGUAUUACCUACAGCACACACCUGCUAAAUGUGUCCUCGUGUGUCUUAGGUGAGGAGUCCAGACACUUGGUUUGCAUGUAAUCCACAGACGUACAUGCUACACGUUGAUUGUUCAUUUUGUAUGUGUUGUAUGUGUGUGUGUGUGUGUGUGUGUGUGUGUGUGUGUGUGUAUGUGUGUGUGAACAGGUUUUCAACACUGCACUAAAAUUUGGCUCCCAGUGUUUGCGUAUUUGUCAUUGAUGGGUUGAAGGGAGGGGGUGUGAUUUGCAAUUUGGAGUGUACAGAUUGUGUCUGAAAUCUUUUUGUUUUGUAAGAUUAUAAAACAUUAAUCACCAUAGAAAUAAAGAGAUACAAUAUGUGAAUGGAAGAACAGUUGAGGUUAACCGACAGUUGCUUUUCCAAUGUUAAAUGAUAAUAAAUAAAAUAAAAAAUAAUGUUUGAGUGUCGGAAAUA